AAAGAUCUCAACAAGUUCAAUGGGUCGAAUCUUACUUCAAGGAACCAUGAUGCUUUCACAAACCCUCGGAGGAAUGCGACAGUGAUGACCCAUCUAAAAGCUCUGCACAUAAUCGAGAUCUUCGCUGGUGUUGAGACGUGUGAUGCGUCUGACUCGCGUUGGUCAUGUGCAUGGAGAUGCCUUUUAUAAUCCGGUCGCUCCUGAACUGACAAACCGUAGUAUCUUGUUUGUAAUUUUCAGGCGCAAUGCCGCCACUCCAGCCUCUCCCCACGGCGGAAACGCCAGUUCAUCAUGAACCCAAAAAACUUUCUGCUACGCGCAGACUAAGUUUACUGUUUAUGUUCUGUCUUGCUCAAUUCUUAGAUACCGUCAAUAACUCAGCUUUCCUCUCCGCAAUCCCGGCACUCGAGGCAUCCAUGGGUAUGACUGAAAGUCAAUACACCUGGACCCUGAGUGCAUACCAGUUGACCUUUGCAUCUUUUCUGCUUAUUAGCGGCCGCAUUAGCGACGUGUACAACCCAAAAAUUGCGUUCGUUGGGGGUGUAUUUGGUCUUGGCGUCAUCUCACUGUGCGCUGGAUUUGUUAAUGAUACUAUUACGAUCAUCGUUCUCAGAGCGUUGACUGGAAUAGCUUCUUCGAUGACAAUUCCCUCUGCCCUGGCACUCCUGGUCAAAGUAUUUCCCGAGCCGCUUGAACAAGCUCGCGCAAUAGGGUUAUUUGGAGGCUGCGGCUGCAUCGCUAACUCCCUCGGCCUCAUGAUUGGUGCAAUGUUUGUCCAAUGGACAUCUUACCAUUGGGUGUUCUGGUUUAUAGCCAUCGUGGCUGUGCCAGGGGCUCUGGCGUGUACUUUCAUCGUACCGCCAGAAAUGUCAAACACCAAAGACAAUCUUGAGCCCGGAGCAGCGAAAUGGAAAAGUCUUGACUUACUUGGCGUGACCAUCCUAACUGUUGCCCUAAUUCUGUUCAUUUUUGCUGUGACAUCCGGUUCCACUGAUGGUUGGGCAUCUGCAGAAGUGCUUGUCCCGUUGAUCAUAUCAAUCAUGAUGGUGAUCGGGUUUUUCUAUUUGGAAACACGUAUACCUGUGGACACAGCUGCAAUACCACCCCGGACAUGGUUUUACCCCAAUUUCUCGAUUCUUUUUGCCGUCUCGCUCUUGCCAUUCCUUUGGUGGAGCACAGUGUUCAUGGUCUUUAUGACCCUGUGGCAAAACGUAUUUGAGUGGUCGCCAAUAUCAUCGGCUAUACACAUGCUCCCGAUCGGCAUCGCAGCCUUCCUUGCGAGUUUCACCGGAUCGCUCUCUCGGAUCAUCAGUCCGAAAUGGAUUAUUCUGACAGGCAUGUCUUUUUGCAUGGUCGCGACCGUAUUGCUGGCGCUUGGCGGGGGAAAACCUGAGGACUAUUGGCCAUACGUAUUCCCAGCUUUUUCUCUAGGGAGCGCAGGGAUCAUGCUGAUAUUUUCGCACACAAAUAUUGCCAUUUUUCAAGCCGCACCUUCGUCCAUGACAGGCACAGUUGGUGCCAUCUUUAACGGUGCUCUGGAAUUCGGAUCAGCAAUUGGUCUCGCUGGUGUGAGCUCAAUAGAGACAUCCGUGGAGGCCAUCCAUGGAGGCUCACAUGAGUAUCAAGGACGAGCCGCAACAUUUUGGUUCCUCUUUACGAUUGUCUCUAUCCAAUUCAUUUCACUGUUGAUAUUCUAUGACCGGAGUGCGGACCACGCACCCCAACCAGACCACGGCGACCCCGGAAAUCCUGCUCGACAGUGCACGGGCUCUGAGGAAAAGUUUAGCGAUGCGAAUAUGACCAUAAUCGAACCAGCUGAGCUAGCGUAUCAGCCGGUGUAGGUUCUUUCUUGAUGACUGUUCCUUUAGAUAACCACCUCCAUUGAUGAUGUAUUUAUUUUUACUACUUUCUUGUUCGUUACUAUGUGCAGUAGAUGUGUUUUUAAUUUCAUUAUUGGGGGUAGGAUAGACUUCAUACUGUAUUUUUUUAAUGUACCCGCUACCCAUCUGGCCAUGGGAAUAUCAAUGGAUGCUCUUGCAGUCCG